AAUGUCAAUGAAAUAAACGAAAUAGCAAGUGGAAAAAAAUAAUCAAAUGUGUAUAUAUAUUUUUUAAAUAAAUAAAUAUGAAGUACAGGAUUUUUAUUUUGAGUAUAAAAGAUAAAAAUGUUAAAUAAUUUAUUCUACAUUUGACACAUCAAAAUCUACAGAGAGCAACUGAUUCCACCGCUCACUUUAAAUCUUUAAGAAUGAUCACACAUUUUAUAAAGUGUAGCGUUAAUCAAAAGUAAAACUCUCCAUAAAAAUAUACACAAAUUCGGAAAUCUGUUUAGAAAAAUAUUUUAAAUCGGUUGCCUUUAGAUUUUCCCGUAAAGACCCUUUCAUUUCAUUUCAUACUCUUUGGGUUUUUUCUGACUCUUUUGUGUUAUUUCUGACUCGUUUGUGUUACUUCUGACUCGUUUGUGUUAUUUCUGACUCGUUUGUGUUACUUCUGACUCGUUUGUUUGGCAUGGGUCAUUUGUUACUUCUGACUCGUUUGUCGUUUGUGUUAUUUCUGACUCGUUUGUGUUAUUUCUGACUCGUUUGUGUAUUUCUGACUCGUUUGUGUUACUUCUGACUCGUUUGUUUGGCAUGGGUCAUUUGUUACUUCUGACUCGUUUGUCGUUUGUGUUACUUCUGACUCGUUUGUCUGGCGUGGGUCGUUUGUGUUACUUCUGACUCGUUUGUCUGGCGUGGGUCGUUUGUGUUACUUCUGACUCGUUUGUCUGGCGUGGGUCGUUUGUGUUACUUCUGACUCGUUUGUCUGGCGUGGGUUGUUUGUGUUACUUCUGACUCAUUUGUGUUACUUCUGACUCGUUUGUCUGGAGUGGGUCGUUUGUGUUACUUCUGACUCGUUUGUGUUACUUCUGACUUAUUUGUCUGGCGUGGGUCGUUUGUGUUACUUCUGACUCGUUUGUCUGGCGUGGGUCGUUUGUGUUACUUCUGACUCGUUUGUCUGGCGUGGGUCGUUUGUGUUACUUCUGACUCGUUUGUCUGGCGUGGGUCGUUUGUGUUACUUCUGACUUGUUUGUCUGGCGUGGGUCGUUUGUGUUACUUCUGACUUGUUUGUCUGGCGUGGGUCGUUUGUGUUACUUCUGACUCGUUUGUCUGGCGUGGGUCGUUUGUGUUACUUCUGACUCGUUUGUCUGGCGUGGGUCGUUUGUCUUACUUCUGACUCGUUUGUUUGGCGUGGGUCGUUGUGUUACUUCUGACUCGUUUGUCUGGCGUGGGUCGUUUGUCUUACUUCUGACUCGUUUGUCUGGCGUGGGUCGUUUGUGUUACUUCUGACUCGUUUGUUUGGCGUGGGUCGUUUGUGUCACUGAUACGGGAUCAUGGGUAAAUUUCCCAUAAAUCCCUAUUUAUUUGCGUUCCAGAAAGCAGGAUGUAGUGUGAAAGGGUUUUCAGUGGAUGUGCCGGUGUGUUCUCAGGUGGACGAUUACCAUGGACAGAAGGUUCCUGACCCGUACAGCUGGCUGGAGGAUCCGGACAGCGAGAAAACGCAGGCGUUUGUGAACGCGCAGAACCAGCUGACGUUGCCCUUCCUGGAGGACUGUCCAAUCAGAGAGGCUUUUAAAGCGCGCAUGACCGAGCUCUAUGAUUACCCGAAAUACAGCUGCCCCUUCAAACGGGGUAACAGGUAUUUUCACUUCUUUAAUACGGGCUUACAGAACCAAAACGUUCUCUACGUGCAGGAGAACCUCGAGACGGAACCCAGGGUGUUCCUCGAUCCCAAUACGUUCUCAGACGAUGGAACUGUGGCGUUACAAGGUUACGCGUUCUCGGAGGACGGCGAGCACCUGGCGUACGGUGUGAGCGCGAGCGGUUCCGACUGGGUGGAGUUCCGGUUCCUGCGUGUCGACGGAGCCGUGGCUCUGGAGGACCGGCUCGAGAGGGUCAAGUUCAGCUGCAUGGCCUGGACUCACGACGGAAAAGGCCUCUUUUACAACUCGUAUCCAGAGCAGGAGGGAAAGAGCGAUGGGACGGAGACGUCCACGAACCUGAAUCAGAAGCUGUACUAUCACGUGUUGGGGACUCCGCAGUCCCAGGACGUUUUGUGUGCCGAGUUCCCUGACCAGCCCAAGUGGAUGAGUGGAGCUGAGGUGUCUGACGAUGGCCGCUACGUGUUGCUGUCCAUCAGAGAAGGCUGUGACCCGGUGAACAGGCUGUGGUACUGCGACCUCAACACCGUCACAGACGGCAUCACAGGGUUGUUGCCGUGGGUGAAGCUUAUCGACAACUUUGACGCCGAGUACGAGUACGUGACGAAUGAGGGCACCGUGUUUACUUUCAAAACGAACCUGGACGCUCCGCGCUACCGUCUCAUCAACGUGGACUUCGCCCGGCCGGCCCCCGGUCAGUGGAAGGAGCUCAUCCCGCAGCACGAUAAAGACGUCCUCGUUUUUGCUACGUGCACGUACUCCAGCUUCUUGUGUGUGUGUUACCUCCACGACGUGAAGAGCGUGCUGAAGAUGCACCAGCUGGCGUCGGGGGAGGAGCUGAAGACCUUCCCACUGGAGGUGGGCUCCAUCGUGGGCUUCACUGGCCGAAAGAAGGAUUCCGAGAUCUUCUACUACUUCACCUCUUUCCUCUCUCCAGCCAUCAUCUACCACUGCGACCUCACCAAAACUCCUCUACAACCGCACAUCUUCAGGGAGGUCCAAGUGAAGGGCUUCGAUCCUACAGAGUACCAGACCACACAGGUGUUCUACCCCAGUACAGACGGCACACAGAUCCCCAUGUUCAUCGUGCACAAGAAGGGCCUCCAGCUGGACAGCUCACACCCAGCCUUCCUCUACGGCUAUGGAGGAUUCAACAUCUCCAUCACACCCAGCUACAGUGUUUCCAGGCUCAUCUUUGUGAGGCAUUUGGGAGGAGUUUUAGCCGUGGCCAACAUCAGAGGAGGAGGGGAGUACGGGGAAACGUGGCACAAAGCGGGGAUGUUGGAGAACAAGCAGAACUGUUUCACUGAUUUUCAGUGUGCAGCAGAGUAUCUGAUAAAGGAGGGCUACACCUCUGCAAACAAACUCACCAUCAAUGGAGGCUCCAACGGAGGCCUGCUAGUGGGGGCGUGUGUGAAUCAGAGGCCUGACCUGUUCGGAUGUGCAGUAGCUCAAGUUGGUGUGAUGGACAUGCUCAAGUUCCAUAAGUUCACCAUCGGCCACGCCUGGACCACCGACUUCGGCUGUUCUGAAAUUAAGGAGCAGUUUGACUGGCUUAUCAAGUAUUCUCCUCUGCACAACAUCCGGAUCCCCGAGGGCGACGGCGUGCAAUACCCAGCUGUGCUGCUGUUGACCGGUGACCAUGAUGACCGUGUGGUUCCUCUGCACUCUCUGAAGUACAUCGCCACCCUGCAGCACAUGAUUGGUCGCUGGCCCGGCCAAUCAAACCCUCUCUUCAUCUACGUGGACACGAAGUCGGGCCACGGGGCGGGAAAACCCACCAGCAAGGUGAUCCAGGAAGUGGCAGAUACGUACGCCUUCAUCGCCCGCAGCCUGGACCUCCACUGGAUCGAUUAAAACACACACACACACACACACACACACACACACACACACACACAGCUGCUAAUUCACUGGCUAGCUCUCUCUCUCUCUGUCCCUCCAUCCCAUACUCUCUCCUUUUCUCCUUCCUCUUCCUCCCCUCAUUUCCCCCUCCCUUUUCCUUUCAGUCCCUUCUUCUCUUUACCUUCACCCCUCCCCUUUUCUUCUUCUUCCCUCCUUCUUGCUCUCCCUCCUUCCCUCCCGUUCAUUCUCUUUCCUGCUGUCUUUUCCUCUCUCCAUCAUCCCUUCCUCCUGUGCUCUUUCCCUAUCAAUCCCUUCUUCUCUAUCUUCCUCCCUCUCCAUUUUCUUAUUCUUUCUUCCUCCUGUCUUUUCUUUGUCCUCUCCACCUUCCCUCUCUUUCCAUCUUUCUUUCGCUCUCCCUUUCUUCCUCCUGUUCUUUGCCUAUCUGCCUUUUCCUCCGUUCCUCUCCCUGUUUCUCUCUUUCUCUCUCUUUCUCUCUCUUCCUCCAUCCUUUCCUUUUUACUCCUUCUCUCCACACCCUGUAACAUUUCACUCCUCGAUAAGCCUUAAUUGUCCUCACUCUCUUUCUCUCACUCACUCACUCACUCACUCACUCUCUCACACACUCUCUCACACUCACUCUCAGCGUGUUAAUGCUUUACAUCACUCACAUUUCACUCCUGUUUUCCGGGACGUUCCCUCGAUGCUCAUGGCCUCUGGAACAUUUUGUACAGACUCUUUAUUUAUUAGCAGGUUCAAUACAAAUCAGUAAUUCUUUAAAUGAUUAACCGCACAGUAUACGAGUGAGUGAGUGUGUAUGUGUGUGUAUAUGUGUGUGUGUGUGUGAGUGAGUAUAUUAAAAUGUCAUAUACAUGUAUAUUCACUGGCUGCUUCUACCUCCAAACUUAUGCAGAUUGUUUUUACCUUUUCAAGGGAAUAAAUGUCCACGAAACAUGAAAUAAAGAACUGGUGUAAUAAACAGGA